UUUAAUGGGGUUCAUCGUUGGGUGAGGAAAUAAAAAGCUUGAUUAGUCACUGCUACUAUCUUUGAACCCAAGUGGUUAAUUCAAAUUUCAAAGGUGAGUGUCGCAACCGGUGGCAGAGACGAUAGUAAAGUGGAUACAACAGCCAGAGCCACAAAGGAUGGCCUGCUGGUGAUAUCAGAUCCAACGACCUUCAUCUUCUUGUGCGGGUCUUUUGAGGCUAGAAGAGGAUCGCUGCCAUGCCAACCAUACCGGCCGUUUUGCUGUUUGUGGUGUGUUAUGCAGAACUUCAUCAUAUGGCCUCCUCCGAUACAGACACGCAAGAUGCUGUGGCACUACAAUCUUUGAAGGAGCAAUGGCAGAAUACACCACCAAGCUGGGGAAAGUCAAAUGACCCUUGUGGGGCACCAUGGGAGGGAGUCACUUGCACCAAUUCUAGGGUGACCGCAUUGAGAUUAUCGACAAUGAACCUCAAAGGAACACUUAGUGGUGACAUCGGCCAAUUUACUGAACUGAGAUCCUUGGACCUGUCAUUCAACCGAGGUCUUACAGGUUCCCUUUCUCCACGAAUAGGAGAUCUGCAAAAGCUAAACAUACUGAUCUUAGCUGGCUGCAGUUUCACUGGUAGUAUCCCAAAAGAAUUGGGCAAUUUAGCACAGCUGUCUUUCUUGGCUCUAAAUUCAAACAAUUUCACUGGUGGUAUACCUCCCUCCUUAGGGACACUGUCAAAACUUUAUUGGCUGGACCUAGCAGACAAUCAAUUGACUGGUGUAAUCCCUGUCUCAACUGACAAAUCCCCAGGACUUGACCUCCUCCUAAAGGCAAAGCACUUCCACUUCAACAAGAACAAGCUAUCAGGCCCCAUACCGCCCAAGCUUUUCAGUUCUGAAAUGGUUUUGAUACAUGUAUUAUUUGAUGGAAACCAGCUCAGUGGGACAAUUCCAGAGACACUGGGACUUGUUCAAACUCUUGAGGUUCUCCGGCUUGAUAGGAACUUCCUUAGAGGGUCUGUUCCAUCAAAUCUCAACAAUCUCACAAACAUCAAUGAAUUGCAUUUAGCACAUAAUCAACUGACAGGCCCAGUACCCGACCUAACAGGGAUGGAAUCUCUCAAUUAUGUGGACCUUAGCAACAACUCAUUUGAUCCAUCAGAAGCUCCUUCCUGGUUUUCAACAAUAAAAUCUCUAACUACACUGGUCAUGGAAUAUGCGAAACUUGAAGGGACAGUGCCCCAAAAGCUCUUUAGCUUUCCACAAUUACAGCAAGUGAAAUUAAGGAACAACUCAUUAAAUGGCACUUUGGACAUGGGAGAGAGCAUUAGCGAACAACUUCAGCUUGUUGAUUUGCAAGAUAAUAGAAUUUCCAGUGUGACGUUGGGCUCUGGAUACACAAAUACUCUAAUACUUAUUGGAAAUCCUGUGUGCACCGUUGCUCUCUCAAAUACCAACUACUGCCAACUUCAGCAACAAUCAGAAAAACCCUAUUCCACUAGCCUUGCUAAUUGUGGAACCAAAUCUUGUCCCCCUGAACAGAGACUUAAUCCUCAGAGUUGUGAUUGCGCCUAUCCUUAUGAAGGAACAUUAUACUUCAGAGCACCUUCUUUCCGAGCAUUGUCCAACGUCACUGUGUUCCAAUCACUGGAAAUGAGUCUAUGGGUGAAACUUAGUCUAACUCCUGGGUCAGUUUCUCUUCAAAACCCCUUCUUUAACACGGAUGACUAUCUUCAGGUCCAAUUGGAACUUUUUCCAUCAUACGGAAAGUAUUUUAAUCGGUCAGAGAUACAGAGAAUCGGGUUUGCUCUAAGUAAUCAAACUUAUAAGCCUCCUCAUGAGUUUGGACCCUAUUAUUUCAUUGCAUCUCUUUAUGUGUUUCCAGGUGGACAUGGAGGAGCUUCAUUAAGCACAAGUAUAAUUAUCGGAAUAGCAGUGUCUGGUGCUGUUCUGGUCCUCAUUCUCAUGGGGGUGGGACUCUAUGCCAUUUGGCAAAAGAAACGAGCAGAGAGAGCCAUUGAAUUAAGUAGACCUUUUGCAUCUUGGGCUCCAAGUGGUAAAGAUAGCGGUGGUGCACCACAAUUAAAAGGAGCUAGAUGGUUUUCUUAUGAAGAACUAAAAAAAUGCACCAAUGGUUUUGCGGAAAGCAAUGAAAUUGGAUCCGGGGGAUAUGGAAAGGUUUAUAGAGGAACAUUCACAAGCGGACAACUGGUGGCGAUCAAAAGAGCACAACAAGGAUCCAUGCAGGGAGGGGGUGAGUUCAGGAAUGAAAUCGAGUUGCUUUCACGGGUUCACCACAAGAACCUUUUGGGUCUCAUCGGUUUUAGUUUUGAGCAAGGAGAACAGAUAUUGGUUUACGAAUUUAUGCCCAAUGGAACACUAAGGGAGUGUUUGUCUGGGAGAUCAGGCAUUCACCUGGAUUGGAAGAGGAGACUUCGUAUUGCUCUAGGCUCAGCUAGGGGAUUAGCUUAUCUUCAUGAUCUUGCUAAUCCUCCAAUAAUUCACAGGGACGUGAAGUCAAGUAAUAUUCUAUUGGAUGAAAAUUUAACUGCAAAGGUUGCAGAUUUUGGACUGUCAAAACUUGUAUCAGACAGCACUAAGGAGCAUAUUUCCACUCAAGUUAAAGGCACAUUGGGUUAUCUAGACCCUGAGUACUAUAUGACCCAACAACUGACACAGAAGAGUGACGUUUACAGCUUUGGUGUCGUAAUGCUAGAAAUAAUAACUGCUAAGCAACCAAUUGAGAAAGGUAAGUACAUAGUGCGUGAAGUGAAGCUCGAAAUUGACAAGAAUGACGAACACUAUGGAUUGAAGGAUUUAAUAGAUCCAAACAUCGGAAGUGUAGCCAAUCCCAUAUGUUUUGCAAAUUUCGUGGAGUUGGCAAUGCAUUGUGUUGAAGAAUCAGCUGUAGACCGCCCAACAAUGAGUGACGUAGUGAAAGAGAUUGAAAGCAUAUUACGAAAUGAUGGGUUGAAUACAAACUCAACCUCAGCAUCAUCAUCUGCUACAGACUUUGUAUUUUCAAAGGGCACCAUUCCCCGGCAUCCUUAUAAUGAAUAUCUACCAAGAAAGGAUGUAAGCAAUAGCAAUGCCUUUGACUACAGUGGUGGUUACACACUCUCAACUAAGGUUGAGCCCAAGUAGCUCAUGUUGUUCAUUUUCAUUAGCCUUUGUUUGUUAUUAAUGUAUGGUUAUAGCAUAGUUAUAUAGUUUUAGAAUCACAUGACAGAUAAUGGUAUAUAUAUGUAAUUUUUCUCUCA